AUGAGUGAGGAAGAGGGCCAUCCGGAAUACUCUCCUGAGAGUCCACCGCCUGUUACGAGGGCUUCUCCGGGACCAGAUGUUAGUGGUGGAGAAUCGGAAGCUUCUGAGAACUCUGUUUCCGCCCAAGUAGAUGUCUCUGAGCCCACGGCUUCUACUGAUGCUGAGCCCAAGGCAAGCGAAGACGAGACUGCCAAGCCCGAGAAACCUUCCAACUCGGACGAUGACGAAUAUGACCCGGAAGCCGUUUAUGAUGGCGAAGAGGAGUUUUUAAAGACAUUUGCCGACCAAGCUGCCGAAGAGCCAAAACAGUCGGAGACGGAGGAAAAGGAGGCCAAGGAGGAGGCAAAUGUUACUAACACAGACGCAGAGGGCUCGCCUGAAGCUAAGUCUGAGGAACGCGAAAUUGCUGGAGAUUCUGAAGAGCAACACGAGUCUCAAGAGUCUGAUGAGCCUGAAAAGUCAGCAGAUCUCGAUCCCCAACCAGAGACUUCGUCUUUACCAACCUCCGCCGAUGGCAUCGAUGUUGACGUUCCACUUUUCAACGAUGUGAUUAAGUACUUCUUGCAGAGCCCUUUGUUCAGCGAUCCGAACUUUCAAAACCUACCUCCUCGCGAGAAGGAACAGAUGGUGAUAUCCGGUUACAACCAAGCCAACGGCACAAACGUCCAGGUCAGAUUGAAUUUCGCAGCUACAACGUCAUACAACAAGCCGCAGCUACGUCCGGGAGAAACUUUCCAGGUGCUUGUUCCUAUUAAUCCGUUCUGUUUGAGACCAGACAUCAGCCAGCCUAUGUCUUUUAAAGAGAGAAAUGCCUACGAACAGUAUCUCCGAGACGAAGACUCCGCACUGAGUAGUGGCAAGUGGGACAACUUCCCGAUCGGUUCGCGACUGUUCAUAGGAAACUUGGCCGUGAACACUCUGACCAAAGAGGACGUUUACCGAAUCUUCCAUCCUUACGGUGAAAUAAAGCAGGUGAACAUUAAACAGGGAUACGGAUUUGUGCAGUACUCCAAAGCUGAAGAGUGUUCAAAGGCAAUUGAAGGCGAAAAGAAUGUGCCCUUGCACAACCGUUUUAUGCACUUGCAAGUCUCAAAGCAUCAGAUCCAGAGAGCCAUGGAACAACAGGGCAAGAACUCCUUACCCUCGAAGAACUCCCGUGGAAGAUCCAGAUCUCCUGAAGGACGUAAUAAGCCUACGAGAUCGCGGUCUCCUAUCAACGAAACAGAAGUCAAAGUCAUCACCUCGCUUGAUUCUACGCCUGAAUUUAAUAACAAGCUCCUGAAGAGACUCAAACAGGAUGGACUGAGUCUGGAGACCGAGCACUUUGAUCUUCCUGGAUCCGACGUUCCACAAGAAGCUAUAACGUCUGCAGCCUACAAUGGAAUCCUUGCGGUGGUCAUUACUCGUCGUGACAAGCUCGAUGUCAUGAUCUAUGAGAAAACAUCAGAUGGUGGCAUCAGAUUCGACGAGUACACUGAAAUCUCCAUUGGCGAGGCGGUUGAGUUAAUACUUGCUGCCAAAGGCAAGCGUUUCGCCUCUGGCUCCCGUGAGGUCCAGUCAAGAGGCCGCUCAAGACAGAACAAUAAUCAAAAUAGACAGACCAAGAACGGCAACCAAGCAUUAUAUGGUUCCAGAGGUGGUCGACAACAGCACCAACAGGGAUCUGGAAGUGGAAAGCACAACAACUCCAGAUACAACAAUUCUCCAAGCCCUUACCCCACUGCAUAUGCAACAGGAAGCAAUGCACAACCAUUCAUCCCACGCCCAGGGUAUCCGUCUGUCACUCCUCCUCCGCCUGUGCAGUACGGAAUGCCUCCAAAUGUGGGAUUUGCUCCAUCGUACCCUGGAUUUCAGCAGCAAAUGUAUCCUAACGUGAGUGUACCUCAAGCCUCGCUACCCCAGGUGCCUCCGAACCAAAACCAGUUGUUGCAGACGAUGCAAUCGAUGGACCCUUCAACCCUUCAGAACGUCUUGUCUUUGAUGCAGCAGAUGCAACAACCAACUGGGUCUGCUCCACAGCAACCUCCAAUGCAACAAGGAAACGCUCUGUCUGGUCUUCUUGGCCAGUUGCAGAACUCCGCUCCAGGAAACUCUCCACCUGCACCAUCUUAUUCCGGCGCGAGUAAUCAAUUUUCCCAACCUAGUAAUUCCAACAGCGCCGGCAGCUCCAACUCCAAUAAUCAAGACCAAACCAACGACUUGUUUGAAACCCUGGCCAGACUUAAGAAUAAUAUGUGA